AUGGCCAACGACAGCAUUCCUCUUUCUUCUACACCAACUCCUCUCAGCGCACACCACAGACACGACAAACCGAUACACUAUGAACGUCCUGUCAAAGUGAUAUGUAUCGGAGCAGGCGCAUCCGGGCUUCUACUCGCAUACAAGCUGCAGCGCUCCUUUGAGAAUUUUGAUUUGGUUUUGUACGAGAAGAACGACGGGGUCUCCGGCACUUGGUACGAGAAUAGAUAUCCAGGGUGUGCAUGCGAUAUUGCAGCCCACGUCUAUACUUGGAGCUUUGAACCCAACCCCAGCUGGUCGUCAGUAUAUGCUGGUGCAGAAGAGGUCUACCAUUACUUCCGUCAUUUUUCUGAGAAGUACGACCUUGGGAAAUAUAUAGAACUGAGGCACAAAGUCACCAAAGCCGUAUGGGACGCGAAGAAAGGAAGGUGGACUGUUGAAAUCACCAAUUUGGCUGACGGCAGCAUUAUCCGCGACACCUGCGACAUUCUUGUAAAUGCGGGCGGAGUUCUCAAUGCAUGGAAGUGGCCCGAAAUAUCUGGUAUCGAAACAUACAAAGGCAAACUUGUGCACACCGCCAAUUGGGACGCUUCGAUCGACCUUCGUGGAAAACACGUUGGCGUGAUUGGGAAUGGAUCUUCCGGAAUUCAAGUCCUUCCAGCUAUUAGCUCUCAGGCGAGCAAGAUUACUGCGUUUUUGCGUGGUCCUGCUUGGGUCUUUCCAGCUCAGAGCAUAGACCAACGCGUUUACUCCGAUGAAGAACGCCGCGUUUUUGAGACCGACCCAAAUGCCCUAUUACAAUACCGCAAGGAGAUGGAAUCCACUUUGAAUUCGUUCUUCACCAUGUUCAUCGCAGAUUCUGACGUCCAGAAGGCCACAUUUGAAGCCACUGUUGGAAUGAUGAAGGAAAAGGUCCCUGACGAGAAUCUACAAAAAUUGAUCAUUCCCAGUUGGUCUGUUGGAUGUCGCAGAAUAACUCCGGGCAUCAACUAUCUCGAGACCCUCACAUCAGAGAAGGUAGACCUUGUUUUCGGGACCAUCAAAGAGAUAACCGAAAAGGGAUGCAUCGGCCAGGAUGGUCAAGAGCAUCCUGUUGACGUGUUGAUUUGCGCGACGGGUUUCGACACCUCCUAUGUCCCUCGGUUUCCUAUUAUUGGCUCAAACGGAAUCGACCUUCGCGAAGCUUGGUCGAAAGAGUCCAAAUCGUACCUCGGAAUGGCCGCACAUGGAUUCCCGAACUAUCUCAUGUUUGUGGGUCCCAACAGUCCUGUCGGAAAUGGUCCAGUUCUAGUUGCGAUAGAGGCACAGGCAGAUUACAUUUGCAAGUUAAUUGACCGAUGGCAAACGGAGAACAUCCACAGCUUCGCUCCAAAGCUCGAGGCUGUGGAAGACUUCGUCGAUUAUAAGGACGAGUUCAUGAAGAGCACGGUCUGGCAUCAAGAAUGUAGGUCCUGGUAUAAGGCCGACAGCGCUACUGGCAAAGUCACUGCACUGUGGCCAGGAAGCAGCAUGCACUUCCAAGAAGCUAUCGCCGAACCAAGAUACGACGAUUGGGACAUCAAGUACACAGGAAACCGGUUCGCCUUUUUGGGAAAUGGGUAUUCUCGCACAGAGACGGACACUACAGCCGACUGGUCUUACUACAUCAAGAAUGAAGACGACAGCCCUUACCUGAGUCGAGGAAAGCGCAGAAAGGUAUACUCGAAGUCGGGCACAGUAAAUCGUGAAGCAGCUGCUGAGGCACUGAUGCUCUGA